CCUACCCCGGGGCGGGUGACGUGGAGGGGGCGGGGGCUGUAACGGCCCUGGCGCGAGGCGCCUCCGACCCACAGCAAAGGUGGAGGGGGCGGGAUCGGGAUGGCGGCGGCGACGACGCCGGGAGGAGCAGGAGGAGCAGCAGCAGCACCACCACCACCAUCAUCACCGGGAGGGGGCGCGGCCGGGGCUGGACCAGGGGCGCAAGAAGAGGAGGAACACGAAGUGGUUCGUGUGCGGGUCAAGAAAUGUGAAGGCUUCUUGCAGCCCGAAUUCCGUACUUUUGCUGUGGAUCCACAGAUCACCUCGCUGGACGUGUUGCAGCACAUCCUUAUUAGGGCCUUUGACCUCAAUGGGAAGAAGAAUUUUGCCAUCAGCUACCUGGGCCGAGAUAAGCAGGGCCAAGAAACAUACUUGCCAUUGAUGUCAGACUGGGAUCUAGGCAUGGCCUUUGCUGGAGCCUCCAAGCCUUACUUGCAGCUCAAGGUAGACAUCAAGCCUUCAGAGGACAGUCCCUUGCUAGAAGACUGGGACAUCAUCAGCCCUAAGGAUGUAAUCAGUACUGACUUGCUGCUGGUGGAGAAGAGGUCCCUGGCAGCAGCAGCCCUGCCCUUCACCCAGUCCAUCAUCUCCCAGGUGGGCAGGACACUGUCCAAGGUCCAACAGGCACUCAGCUGGUCCUAUGGCGAGGAUGUCAAACCUUUCAAGCCUCCGCUGAGUGACUCAGAAUUCCACACCUACCUGAACCAUGAAGGGCAGCUGACAAAGCCUGCAGAACUACGUCUCCGGAUCUUCCAUGGUGGAGUUGAGCCCUCGCUGCGCAAGGUGGUUUGGAGGUACUUGUUAAAUGUCUAUCCUGAUGGAUUAACUGGUCAGGAGCGGAUGGAUUACAUGAAGCAGAAGACACGCGAGUAUGAGCAGCUGAAGGGGGAAUGGGAAGCCCGGGCCAGCCCCGAGGACCUGGAUUUCAUCCGCAGCAACGUCCUGAAGGACGUUCUGCGAACCGAUCGCACUCAUCCCUACUAUGCUGGCUCGGAUGAUAAUCCCCAUCUGACAGCCCUGCAUGACCUGCUGACCACCUAUGCCGUGACGCACCCACAGCUCUCCUAUUGUCAGGGCAUGAGCGACAUCGCCUCCCCCAUUCUGGCCGUAAUGGACAAUGAGGCGCAUGCCUUCAUCUGCUUCUGCGGCAUCAUGAAACGCCUGGAGGGCAAUUUCCAGGUGGACGGGGAAGUCAUGUCCGUUAAGUUCUCCCACCUCAAGCUUCUCCUCCGCCACUCAGACCCAGAGUUCUACUCCUACCUCCUUUCCCGCGGCGCCGAUGACCUCUUCUUCUGCUAUCGUUGGCUGCUGCUGGAGCUCAAGCGCGAAUUUGCCUUUGAGGAUGCCUUGCGCAUGCUGGAGGUCACCUGGAGCUCUUUCCCUCCUGACCCUCCUGAGAAAGAAGUGGAGCUGGUGGGCCCGCUGGCCAGGCCCGGGGACAGCAGCCAGCCUAUCCGAAGGAGACACAUGUUACGCCCAGCUUGCAGUUUUGAGGCCGCUGGGGAUCAGCCUUGCCCAGGGGCAGUUUCUGACGUGAAGAUGCUAGUGAAACAGUCUAGCUUUGGGGAGUUCAAGUAUUACAGUACUCAUAAUGAGGACAGUUCAGAGGAUGACCCAUCACCGAAAUCCCAGCGCUCAGUGGAGGAGGACGAGGACUGCAGCAGUGAGCAGGAUCCGUUGAUCCAGAUGGCUAAUGUGGCCAAAUCCUUCUCUGCUCCAUCCCUCCAGGUGUUGACACCGUUCUCUCGAGACUCGGUCUCCUCCUCAACCAAUGGCAAUGAGGAAAGCCAGUCUGAGGAGGAAAAGGGGGACUCGGCGGUGAAUAGCCCUUCUUCUCCCAACCAUGGGCCUGCUGCUCCUACUCCUCCUGCUGCAGUCAGUCUCCCACCCCCGCAGGAGUUUGGCAAAGGCAACCCUUUCGUGCUCUUCCUGUGCCUCGCCAUCCUCCUGGAGCAUCGGGACCACAUCAUCAAGAACAACAUGGACUACAAUGAGCUGGCCAUGCAUUUCGAUCGCUUGGUCCGCCGGCACAACCUGAAUAAGAUCCUUCACCGCGCCAAGGCCCUCUUUGCCAACUACCUGCAGUCUGAAGUCUGGGACUCUGAGGAAGGGGAUGAGGCAGCAGCUGAGUCGCCUGCCACAUCGUGACACCCUUCCUCUUUUGACAUGCGGGGACUGGUUCCCUGCUGCCUUUAUGGUGCAAGUGUCGGUGUGGAAGGGUGUCCACUGCGUCAUCCAUCUUGGUCUCAGCUCUUCAGUGAAGGUGGCCUGGAGCAGCAAAGUUGGAUUGUUGCACUCAAUACAUCCUCUGUGUCCAAUGUACUCUGUUUUUAACAAUGUCUUUGUGCAACGUCCUCCUUAGCACAGACAUCCCAUCUAUCUCCUGUGCCUCCCGCCCUUCCAAGUGCUAAUGAUUUUCCUAGGAAGAUCUCCCAUGGAGCAGCCAGGUUCUGCCCUUUUCCCCUAUCCUACUCAGUACUUCUCGUGCAUUUCUCCCUCUUAUCUAUCCACCCACUUUAGUUCUAGUGUCCUCCUAGAAUGUUGGUUGCUAAAUGACCAGUAUGGGUUUCUGACUCUUCUGGAACCUCUGAAGUCUUCUCUUCUGGGCAGGUUUGCCAAAAGCGUUUUUAAUGCUGAAUCCUGAUGUGACUUUAUUUCCUUCAUAGCGUGGCAGUUUCUGCAUAGCGGAAGUCCUGCACAAUGUGCUCCUUCUCAAAGAUUGGCCUUUCAUGUUGAGUUCAGAUGCUUUGGCCCAAGUUUUUUUUUUUUUUUUUAAAAAAAAGCACUUUAUUUUCUCUA